AACAAUCUUCCCAUCUGUCACCUCAUAGACAAACACAAGUCAAACAUGUACAAAAUUCAUUACAAAAUAGUCUAGUUGUGGGGGUCAUGAGUGGCGGGGCUGGUUAAAAUGGAAUUGACUAUGAGCUCCAGAAGCCACAUCCACUUCGCGGCCACCGAGAUGGAGAACGAUUGGAUGCGUUUCAAUAUCGAUAUUUCGGAGGAAGUGCGAUAUCAUCAUCGCCAUAAGGCUGAAAUGAGUCGCAAUCCUGGUGGUGGGCUGGGCAAUCGAAUCAAGGAGAGGGCCAAGCCGUUUGAGGAACCCAAUAAGUUCUAUGCCCAAAGUCAUGAUCUUUUGCAGAGCGACCGCAAACGGAGUCUCCUUGAAAACGAUCGUCCCAAGGAGUACACCAAAAGCCGUAAGCACUUUCAUCGUCGAGCUUGUAAGACAGUCAGGAACAGUGGCGACUCUCCUGAAGGGAAUGGCAACUGGUACGAAACCCCGAAACAUGAAUUUAAUAAUUCAGAGAGAGCAUUCCACACACUUUAUCCAACCCCACCCGAACUGCAACGAGAAUGGAUAAGGGCGAGAGCCCAGGCAUAUGCUGAUCCCGAAUAUCCGUACCAUGCCCAUGGGCCAUACCAGAUUAUACCCAGGCAGUACCAGUACCACGAAGCUCGCAGUCCACCUAAGCCCCGCACUGACCAUUUAUCGUUCGCAGAAGUUCCGCCAGUAGCAGCACGCAUAUCGCCAUCUUAUAGAGACUUGAAUCAUUACUCGGAGACCCCAUCUCACGAUGUACUCAGUGGCGAGUAUUUAGUGUCAAGGCCAAGCAUUUCCAGCCACAGACAACCAUGGGAGCGGCCGAAACAAGUCAUGGGAACAGUGCCUCCCGAAUGUCCAUCGACCCACAAUUCCCCGGACUAUUAUUAUUCGAACUCUUACCACGACUUUAAGAAACACAGACAAACAAAUGGAAAUAGUAAUUACAAGGAUCAAGCAGUUGGUGGCACCCCCAGAGAGUUUUCAGAUUACGAUUUUGAUGCACGAGCGCACCCUCCAUGCAAACCCUCACCAAAAGACGCCUCCAAAUAUUAUAAUGCAUACGAAAAUACUUCACAUAAGAAGGCUCCUACAAAAUCUGAUACAUAUUACAAGCUGGAUCCUGAGAACGAAUUCGGAUAUGUGCCCAUUAAGCUAUUUGAUAGAUACUACAAUUCUUCGGAAACUGUGCCUGAGCAAUAUGACAGCGUUAACUGCCAACAAAAGAAUGCCUCUGCGAAAACAGAAAAAAUGCGUGCACAAAGGUGUCAAGACUGUCCGUUUCUGAAGGAAGAUAUUCCUCAUCGAAAAGCUUAUUAUGCUGACAAGAAAAAACACCAAUUUGGCAGAGCAUCUUCCUCCCAGCAAUGCCAUAGUUUUGCCAACAUUCCUCAGCCACUCAAGUACCCCCGAGAUUAUUCAUCAAAUAUUCAAAAAUCCAAAAAAAAUAAAACUUCACAAACUCCGAAAAGAGCGAUAGACCAUGUCGAGCCUAAAUAUAACGUUGAUGGUUCGGAAAUACCCCGUAAAAUUCUAACUGAUGUACACUUAACUCCUGUGGAGAUACCCUAUAGAAGGAGACAUAAAUCAGUGGCCAAAAGCCUGGAUGCAGGCUGCGAUACCAUGCCAUCUGCCUCCGAACUGACUAUAGGCAAAGGAUCGCGCCACUCACUUGAUCCUCAGAGUCGUGCAAUCCAUAAAUACAACAAGCAAGAUGGCCACCCAGGCUGCAAUGCAUUAAAAGAUGGAAUUUCUGGUUUGGUGAAGAAAUCGAAAGCUUGCCUUAAUAGAUCGAAACUUUUUAAAAGCAAAUCUCUGCUACUAAAGGGCUACAAGCCGGUUAAUUGCUUCAACUUUUCCUCCAUGGUGGCUGGAAUGUCCAGGAAAACUCGAGGGGAAAGAUCUUACUCUGGAGCUGAAAAAAACAAAAGCUACCCCACCAUGUAUAGAGGCCAGGGAGAGGAAAUUACACAUGCAGAUGAUGGCAGAAAAUACCACGAAUAUUCAAUGUUCAAUGUACACAAUACUAGUGAACGCAGCAGGGAUAAAAACAGUGAGUCAUGUGGAGCCUAUGAUUACAGCGCUGAUGAGUGCAGCGUAUGCGACAAAUACCUCAGAAGUAGCGACAAUUGGAGCCGAAACUCUGUGGACGAUUGUAGCGAAAACUUCAGCGACAGCAGCAGCGACAACUGUGGCGAUAAUUGUAGCGACGACAGUGGCGACAACUGUAGCGACGACUACAGCAACAACUGCAGGGACUCUUACAGCGCCAAACCAAAUCACUGUGGGAACGAUUGCAACUGCCACGACAAUGAGUUCAGGGAAGUGCUUGAUCCCGUACAGCCCAGUCAAAUAAACAUCUGCCUAACUAUACGCACAGCGGAUGCAAGUCUGGCGGAACCACCGAGAGUAACAUCAUCUGAGAGCAAGUGUCAUGGCAAGAGUACUGCUGCAUGCACCAUGAAGUCCCAGCCUACCCAGACAUGUCGCCAGUGCCACACAGGAUGCGCUACUCCGUCUCAUUGGGACACACCUCGAAGCAGCUGCGGGGAAAACCUCUUUGAAAAUGUCAGAAUCCAAAGCCCGAGAACAUGCAGACCGCGAACUCAAUCGAAACAUUAUCCAAACAAGUGCCACAAAAGUGAAGCACCCAUCCGUACUCCCCCCAUGAAUGAAGGCAAAAGGUCAAGGCCCUCUCUUCAAAGAGGGCACGGACGCAGCAGCUGUGACAAAAAGCAGCCUCUGCGGCCAACUAUAAGACCUUGCAGUAAAGUGCCAGCAAGAUCAAAGCAGAAAAGGGUUGUGUUGAACACGAAUUGUGUGUCUCAAGGAACCCCAGUGGAAUCGAAGAGAGCUGGGCAUCGACAUCUAGCGAACACUAGGUCGUACUGUACUGCCAAAAGCGUGCCCAAGAACUCCACAACGAGCUUGAGCAGUUGUCCAAGUGGAAAGGGCUCAUCAAGUUGUGGAAAAGAAGCAAAUGAAAAACCCGUAGAACAUGCUUGCCCUCCAAAUCCAGUGCUGGGUGACAAUGUAUGCCCUGGAGGUGCUCAGAGCGAAUACAGCGGCAAUUUUGCAUUUCUGACAAGCUGCAAUACAACAGGACCCAUUGAGCGCGGUGACCUGUGCUGCCCUAAGCUCGUCGCUGAAUGGGAUCAGGAUGGCUGCCGCUGCAGGACUGCCAUUGAGAGUUUGAAGCAGGAGCUGCUGCAGAAUUUGAGAACUGAGAACCCCCAACCCACUCCGCACAUGAUGUUCCUGCCUUGUCAGCCGAAUGCUUGCCCUUUUGCCUGCUGGACUCCAGACCCUGUUGUGUCCUGGCCACCUUGCCCCAUGCCACAAGCACCGUGCUCGUUCUAAAUAAAAGAAU